AUGAGUAGUAAACCAUCUGUUCUCAUCAUCGGCGGAGGUGUCUUUGGAACCUCCACCGCAUACCAUCUCAUCCAACGCGGCUACACCACCGUCACAGUGGUCGAUCGUUUCGAGGCCCCGUCUCGCGACUCAGCCGGCACUGACCUGAACAAGGUUAUCCGUGCAGACUAUCCCAACCCGUACUACGCUCAGCUCGGCCUCGAGACCCUUGACGUGUGGAAAGAUCCAGACUCUCUCUUCAAGGGUCUGUAUCGCGAGUCGGGAUGGAUCAUGGGGGGUCAUGAGGAGACGAAUCAGUGGUUGGAGAACGCUAAGGAUUUGGCCGAGAAGAAGGGGAGACAGGGAGUGGAGUAUCUGGAUGUUGAGAGGAUCAGAGAGAAGUGGCCUGCUCUGACUGGGGAGUUUCCGGGCUGGACUAAUCUGUACAGUCCUCAGGCUGGUUGGGUCCCCUCAGGCCAAGCCCUUCUCCGCAUGGCCAAAGCUGCAGAGAAGAAUGGCGCAAAGUACAUCACCGGCCAUGCAGGCCAGAUCAAGGAGCUCCUAUACGAGGACGGAAACUGCAAGGGUGCCGUUGCCGCUAACGGGGAGAUUCAUCGCGCCGAUAAGGUCAUUGUUGCAGCUGGAGCAGGUCUCCCGGCUCUUGUCGAGGGAGCGAGAACUGAUGUCAGAGCGGAGACUUCGGUAAUCUGUGUGAUGAAGCUGGAGCCACACGAGAUUGAAAAGUACAAGGACAUUCCCAUCAUUGACGACUUUGAGCAGGGCAUCAUCUUUCCUCCUGAUGAGAAUGGCCUCAUUAAGCUAUGCAGUGUUCGGCUUGUGACCAACUAUUUCAACCAUGUGCACUCUGGCGCCUCAGUCUUGCAUUCAGUGGGCGACUAUCCUUUCGAUGGAUGCCCCAAGGAGCUCGAAGUCGAGAUUCGAAAGUUUGUUCGAGAGAUGAUCCCUGAGCUCGCAGAUCGACCCUUUGUCCACACCCGUCAAUGCUGGGACGGCAUGGCCUCAGAUCUCAACUUCCGCAUCUGCCCUUAUCCUGACACAAGUAACCUCUACAUAGCAACAGCCGGUUCAAACCACGGCUUCAAGUUUCUCCCAAUCAUUGGAAAGUACGUAGUCGACCUCCUAGAGGAUUCUCUUGAUUCGGGCCUCAAGAAUCUCUGGAGCUGGAAAUUCGGAAAGAAGCCCGAUGAUUUCCAAGAUCCUCAUCCCUUUCCCCGCAGAGACUUGAACGAGUUGACGGGCUGGAAGGGGAGAAACGCUCCAGCGGAGGGAAAGCUGCCUUGGACGUGGAGCCGUAGUCGUCUCUAG